AUGGAAAAAGACUACGCCAGUCGUCAUGGGCAUUUGGGAUGGUCUAUCUUUGCGGAGAUGCUGGACGAAGCUAGAGUUGCGAUUCCUCGUACAACUCUGGACCACGAAGACGCUGUUGUACUCAACAAUGAUCAGGAACAAAGCGUCGUCGACGAAGGUAAAAAUGAUAGUUUGGCACCAGGCCAGGAAGGGGAUCAAGACAGAAGCUUGGAGGACGUUCUUGAAGUUGAGCUUGUUUCAGCAUCAGGAAAUGUCGAAUUGUUGACCAGAAUUGUUGGCCAUGGUGAAAAUCAGGAUCAGCCUGAUGAACGUUUGCACUUACAGCGCGAUCCGUUACAACCAUUUCCAUCUGGCUCACCUCUCGGCUCUGCUCAGGACCUCUCCGAGGAAGGCAGCGGCGAAGAGGCUGGCGAAGCGGCCAGCGGGCAAACUCGGGGCGAGCGAAUGGAGAUCCAACUUCAAGACGGGGAGGAUUCCGAAGUUGCGGGUAUCUUUGAGACUAACUCUCGCACUGGUUUUGUUAUCCGCGCCUUGAUG